AACCAGCGUGCCGGCACCGCGACACCGCCAGUCUGUUCGUCAAGACCAACCGAAGCGGACACGUCGCAGUUAAACGAAGGCCCAGGUCCACACCACACGCCCGAUUUGUGUGUAUCCCGUUGCGUGCAGUUCGAUUCGAAUGUCAUCUGCACCGUGCACCGUUGCAGUGGCCAGAUAACGAGGGUAGGCGGUAUCGAUAGUGGUGGUGCUCCGAGAGGUGUUUUGAGUUGUGCGAGUGUUAGUGUAACGUUAACGUAGUGGCACCCAAAUGCUUGCCCGCCGCGCAGGAAAAAUCCUAUUUAAUGUUCAUGUUUCGGAAAAGAAAGACCAACUUGACUAGGAAAUUGCUGAAGGCCCGCAAAAAGCGGAUGUACGAUGAAGGUGGCGGGGGUCCGGCGGAGGAGGAGGACGUGUGUGACGGGCUGCUGAAGAGGCUCGAGGAGAACCAGCUGGACAUGCUGCUGAAGGCGAUCGAGGGUCGCGGCCAAAACGUGUCCAACUGUGUCCUGGUGCCUCGCAGCCACGAAGACCGGCCGCACGUGCUGUGUUGUCAAGUGUGGAGAUGGCCCGAUCUCUCGCAGUUCACACAGUUACGCAGUCUGCCAAUCUGCCAUUCGGCCUCCGACCCCGUCUACAUUUGCUGCAAUCCCUAUCACUGGAGCCGGCUCCAUCAACCUGAAACUCCACCACCCCCGUACUGUCGAUCUAGUUCCGAUAUGUUAAAACCUGAAGAUCGGGCACCCAGCGAAGUUCCUUUAGUCACCAGAGAUUCGUACCCCGAAUCGCUCACAACGAACGGAGAUUCACAUAUGGCUUCGAACGCAUGGUGCAACCUGGCGUUCUGGCAGAUGAGGACGAGGGUCGGUCGAACGUACCCGGUGGAGUACGCGACUGUUAACAUCUUCGGCUCGGAACCGCCGCACGGCCAGGGGAUCUGUCUCAAGAAUCUGGCGCAGCACAGCUUCUCGCCGCCCGAAUCGGACGUCAAGACGAUGUGUAAAAUCGGUCUAGGAAUAACACUGUCGCUUGAAGGUGACUGCGUCUGGCUGUACAACCGUUCGGAGGUGCCGAUAUUCGUGCACUCGCUGACCCUCUGCGAUCCGGAAUCGAAUCCCUCGUCGAACCCUACAAAAGUACCUGCCGAGCAUUGUCUGUGCGUGUACGACCUGUCGCUGGUGCACGGGCACAGUUACUACGCGCAGCACAAUCUCGGACCCAUCGAUCCCCAUUCCAUAAAGGUGAGCUUCGUGAAGGGCUGGGGCUCCAACUACAAGUGCCGGGACAUCACCUCGUGUCCCUACUGGCUCGAGAUCUGUCUGAGGGCGCCCUGCAGGUGAUCCGAGAUGCCUGGAUCGCGGACCGUACAAACGUGGAACUCUAUUGUGAUCCGUGCCAUGGAAAUUGUUCCGGGAUCAAGUUGCAUGGCAGAUUUAGUUGUUGUAAAAAUUUUUUUACUAAAAAAAUAAAGGCUGAAUUUGUAUUUGAACGAAACGCUGGAACAGAGUGCAACACAUGGUUUCCGUCCGACUACUACCUUUUCAGUUUUUGGGCCGAAAUGUCCGCUUUUUUUAUAUAAUUAUUAUUGUUGUCGUUGUUGUUAUUAAUAACAUUAUAUUCGAAGUGUCUUAAAAAGAAGCCGUACUAUUGCAAAAAAUUGAAACGAAAGAGCAUUUAUUAAAGCUGGCAUUUUCGGUGAAACUUUGCACAGGGUAUGUAAAAGCGAAAUUGUGUAAAUGUGCAGAUUUACGAAUAUAUUAUGAAUAGCGAAUAGAUUUUUAAAUAAAUUGUGAACCCAAAACAAUAUUGUAACCGUUCAAUUUGUUCCAUAUCGACAAAUCGAACGUGUCCACAGACAAGUAAUUUGUAACAGAACGGUUGCUGGGAUGUUGCAACGAUGUUGUAAUAUUUCAGGCAACUCUUCUACUAACAUUAAUAGAACAUAUUUUGUUACAAGUGGAUAAAUUGAAUAAACCUUCGAUACAUCGACGAAUUGAUGUACUUGUUAAGGUUCACUUAAAUUUAUACUUUUGGUGCUUUGGGAUAUUGUAAAAAUCUCAAUGUAGUAGGGACCAUUACGAAAAAAACCUGUUAAUUUCAUUAGUUUACAACAAAAGCAUUUUUAUUUUUGUACUUUAUCGUUGGCUCCGGAAAUACACGAUUACUUUCUGACUGAAUCUUUUGUUAAUCUUAAAUAAAACAAUCCUGUAUUACUUGAGCUGGCUGUUGAGAUUGUGAUUUGAAAGACGAUCCGAAUCUUGGACGGUUCGACAGUGUUUCACCUUUCGAAUCUCCAAAAUCUAUAUUUAUUCCAUUAUAAUUUAUUUUUUGUACUUAUUUUAUUGAUUGUCGUGAGGCAAUCGGUAGUAAUAAAUUUGUAUUUCGUCUUGCUUUUUUGUAACGAGGUUAUUUCCUAUGUACUGUUACAGUUACUAGUCACUAAGAUUGAAGUUUGCUAGGUCCAUGCAAUGAAAAAAUAUAUAAUAGCAGUGCCUUCAUAGCGAUAUUUAUAUGUAAAAAUUAAAAAUAAUGUAUUUCAUAGUUUUUGUUUAUUUAUUUAAAACAAGUGAACUGUACAAUUUUGUAUAUUUCUGAAUAAAUAAGAAAUAAAUUUCUAUUAAAAUAACUGGGAUAUAUAUUAUUUAAUCUGUACAAUUAUAUCCAUUUCGAUCAUUUUUUUUUAAUUUAACAUCUCGUCUUGUAUUUUUGUUGAACUAUUUAUUGAUUUUUUAUUAUUUUGUUUUUAUUUUUGUGUACUGACUUUCAGUCAUCCUAAUAAUUCACAAAAAGGAUGUUUAUGGAAGAAACUGUAUGUUUUAUGUGUUUUUUUUUUGUAUAUAAAAUGCUCAUUUUCCUCUCGAGACACAAUUCAAAGGACAAUCAGUCAAGCCAGUCCAGAAAAUUGUAAAUACUGUACAUAAUAUCCACAACACAAUUUUGAGGGAUUCUCAAACAUCCCUUAAAUUGCUAAAUAAAGAAUGAUUAAUUUAUA